GCGGGGCCGGCGCGGGAGGGCCGGCAUGGCGUUCCGGCAGGUGCUGCAGUUGGCCGCCUGCGGCCUGGCGGGCGGCUCGGCCGCUGUGCUGUUUUCGGCUGUUGCGGUGGGAAAGCCUCGCGCGGGCGGGGACGCGGAGCCGCGCGUGGUCGAGCCGCCAGCGUGGGCAGGGGCCGCGCGCCCCGGGCCCGGCGUCUGGGACCCCAACUGGGACAGGCGAGAACCACUGUCCCUGGUCAACCUGCGGAAGAGGAACCUGGAAUCUGGAGAAGAGGAACUGGCCUCCAGGCUGGACCACUACAAAGCCAAGGCCACGCGGCACAUCUUCCUCAUCAGGCACUCCCAGUACCAUGUGGACGCCUCCCUGGAAAAGGACCGCACUCUGACACCCCUGGGUCGUGAACAGGCUGAACUAACUGGUCUCCGACUUGCAAGCUUGGGGUUGAAGUUUAACAAAAUCGUGCAUUCUUCCAUGACCCGUGCAAUAGAAACCACUGACAUCAUCAGCAAACACCUGCCAGGCGUCCGCAAGGUCAGCACAGACCUGCUGAGGGAAGGUGCCCCCAUUGAGCCCGACCCGCCCGUGUCUCACUGGAAGCCUGAGGCUGUGCAGUAUUAUGAAGAUGGAGCCCGGAUCGAGGCCGCCUUCCGGAACUACAUCCACCGGGCAGAUGCCAAGCAGCAGGAGGACAGUUACGAGAUCUUCAUCUGCCAUGCCAACGUCAUCCGCUACAUCGUGUGCCGGGCACUGCAGUUCCCUCCAGAAGGCUGGCUCCGCCUUUCCCUCAACAACGGCAGCAUUACCCACCUGGUGGUCCGGCCUGAUGGCCGAGUGGCACUCAGGACCCUCGGAGACACGGGAUUCAUGCCUCCUGACAAGAUCUCCCGCUCCUGAGGGCCGCUUUGAGGCCCUGCUCUCCUCAGCCCCCUGCCCGGCUGCAGCGUGGGUGCCGCCAAGAACACGGGCUCCUUCCCUCUGUCUUCCCUCCACAGGCUACUAUUCAUUUCUCCAGGACAAGGUGGCAGAAAAGUAGAAGUAUCUAAAAUGCAGCAUUUCAGUACUUCUGGCCCAGGAUGGAAAAGGGAAACAUUCAGAUCUGAUUAGCCUGAUUUCUUUCACAUGGUUUUCUGCAUUACUCUCGUCUACCAGGACGAGCCUGUGGGGUUUAAGGAGGCCUGUUUCGGGGACUGGACAAGGCCUCACAGAUGCCAUCACUGCAAGGACCAUGGCAGAUCCGCACCGAAGGGUCUCUGGUCAUGGCCACACUAGCUGCAUGACCCCUUCGACGCUCCAUCAGCAAACCUGGACAGGCACGAGGACUCAGAGGAGGGCGCCAGUGCUUCCACUGCGCUUCAUGCGUUCUCUUCAUUUCUUAAAACGCUUUUCUCAAAUAUUUAUCAAUUCAAGAUUCUCAUCUGGGUUCUUGCUUUGAACACCCAUUUCUCACUAAAGUUACACACCUCUGACACUGCUGGAUCUGAGCUCAGCCAUGUCGUUAGGCUUUUCAGGCACACAGGAGCACCUUGGCAGGUGAGGGAGGUGACUUGACCUGCUGGUCUCAUGGGACGGGCUGGGCGGUGAUGGCCCCGGAGAGGGUCCUGUUUCAAUAAAACAUCCAACAGUUCAAUCUUUGUUUUCCUGUGGCUGUUAAUCUUUUAUGCUUAUGGAUUAAAAAUAUUUAGACAUAAUGUGUACAUUUUAAAUGUUCUGUUAAUUUAGUACAUUUUAAAUGUUAAUUUAGGAAAAACAGUACAAUUUCUAUAAAGUGGUUAUGAACAUUUUCUGCAGUCAUUGCAACUAAUGGGGAUAUUUGAUCCAUUUCUCUGUCAACUUUGGAAAUAACUACAAAAUAAAUUUUAUUUUACUGUU